AUGCAGACACCACAGAUUGCAGACCAGCUUAGGGCUAUGGCGGCUUCCGGGACCCGCGUACCGGGAUUCCGAGGCAAAGUGAUGGUUGAUAUUGACAGCCUGGUAAGAGUGAGCGACCAGCUCGGCAAUGUCGAUUUGAGCGAUGAUGUCCGGGAGGCCUCCGAGGUCAUCCGGAUGAAGGAAAGCAUCCUGAAUCAGGCGUAUCUGGAAGCGAAGCGCAUUCGCACGAAUGCAGAGGAAGAGGUUAACAAUCUCACCUCGCAGGCGGAGACGGAGUACCGCACCAAGGUGGGGGAGUCGUCGGUGCUGAAGCGCGCCGAGGAGAUCUCUCAGGAGAUGCAGGAGCAGGCGGGCUAUGAGUCGCAGCAGAUCCUGCAGGACGCACAGCGCAAGGCGUAUCGCAUCGUCAGCGAGGCGGAGAAUGUUGCGCUCGGGCGGCGAGACGGCGCAGACAGCUACUCGCGCGAGGUCCUGUUCAACCUUGAAGAGCAGCUUGCAGAUAUACUCGGGCAGGUGCGCCGCGGCAUUGACGCGCUGAACCUCGAGGUCGAGGCGAGUAAGCGCAAGCAGCAACACAACAGCGCGCCUGUCAACGGAGUCGCAGCUGAGAAUGGCGUAGCUGCCGCUGUAUAA